ACACCAACAGAUACUCCAGACACUUCGCCGGAAAGCAUGGCCGGAGUUCUAAACAUUUCACCGGCGCCAAUUUUCCGGCCAAAUUCAGUUCUGAAAAAACAGUAUAUAAACAAUAGAAGUUUAUUUGUCAAAUCAAUGACUCAAUCUUCAGAUAAUAGUGUGAGCACUAAAGAGGAACUUAAUUCGAGUUCUUCAUUUUCGGCGCCUUUGAAUUUCAAGGCGCCGAAACCUAAGCCGUUUACGCCGAGAAGUGAUAAGAUUUUGGAUAUAUUAAGUGCUUCACUUGCUUUGAUUUUUCGACUUGGUACUGGUGCUCUUGUUUCUGGGUAUUCAGCAUCUUUUGUCUCCAAAAAUGAGGUUCCAUCUGACCAGUAUGCACUUGGAAUUGCUGGCUUCAAGGUGAAGGAAAGUUCAAAUUUAGGUCCUCGACCUGAGAAGCCAAUCGAGAUAUAUGAGUUCGAAAGGUAUCUUUGCUGGCGAAGUGUUAGGGAAAUAGUUGCUGUUUUAGACCUUGACGUCCUCUUUUAUCCUUGCCCAAGAAAUGGUCCAAAUUUCCGUCCCAAGGUUGGUCAGAUGGGUGGAAAGCAGCUGUUCCCCUAUAUGGUUGAUCCAAACACUGGAGUUGCUAUGUAUGAAUCAGAUGCGAUUAUUAAGUACUUGGUUGGAAAAUAUGGUGAUGGAAAUGUCCCACUUAUGUUGUCCCUUGGUCUUUUCACUACACUUACUGCAGGCUUCGCCAUGAUUGGUCGAAUGGGGAAGGGGACUUCAUAUAAGCCAUCUAAACUGCCACCCAAGCCACUUGAGCUAUGGGCAUACGAGCCUUCUCCAUUUUGCAAAGUUGUACGUGAGGUACUUGUAGAACUAGAGCUACCCCACAUACUUCACAGUUGUGCUCGUGGUAGCCCCAAACGCCAAGUAUUAUACGAGAGAGUUGGUCAUUUCCAGGUCCCAUACUUAGAAGACCCAAAUACUGGAGUACAGAUGUUUGAAAGUGCAGAUAUUGUGGAAUAUAUAGAGGCAACUUACGCUCUUUAAGGAGAGAAUGCUUGCCAUGAGGCGCAAAAGUUUCUUCUCUUAUAAAUGAACAAAAGAUAAGUUUUUAUCAUGAGGAUAAAUAGAGAAAUAGCAAAGACGCUGUGGAGGAAAGUGAUGUUUCAUCAACAUCCUCAUCACAUCCGCGAUUUCAGUUGGUAAAAGUAAUUGGCUUUGACGUAUCCCAAAUCAUCGUCGUACGUUAUUUAUACAAUAUGUUAUUAUUCCAUGUUGUGUCAUUUGUAUUAACAGUUGACUUCAGUUAAAUAUUUGUUUUAGACCAUAGCUUGGUUAUAUAGGCGACUAACAUUGUAAAUAUGUACUCUCCGGAGCAAAUACUGGGAUUUACCAUGUAUGACUUGUAUAUUUAGUCUAAACCAAUUGUGAGCGCC